GCUCAACACCACACCAAAAAAAAAACUAAAAUAAAAAAAAAACCUAAAAAACUUGACGACACCAACCGCGUGCAUGUAGACACAAACACAUCCAUUGCCGUCGUCUUCACGUUGCUUUUUCUUCCCGCCGUCGACAUCCCCGCGCUCCCAAUGUCUUAGGAUAGUAUGCCCGGGGCUCCCCUUCCGGCUGCCUGCCCCUCCCCCCUGGCUCCCAAGCCCGGGCAUGGAGACCAAGUCAGAUCAGGUAGUCCCAGGCGCGGGCCUCUUGGGGCUUUGUGUUCCGGGUUAGGACACGCUCUUUCUAUCCCUCUUCGUGCAAGCCCAUGUUUCGGUACGCCUUUCAUGAUGUGUGACAUGUCGUUGCGUAGUGGGCGGGAUAGCCCAAAAAAGCGUAUCAGGAACCCCUCCACGUCUUCGUCUCGUCCGUGCAUUUGGUCGGGCGACUGCGCAGCAUUUGGCGCGGUUCCGUCAUUUUCGAGACAUACAGUUCAAUCAUUGCUUCUGCGGGAGGUUAGUCACCCCUGGAGCGAUCACCGCCGUCUUGAAAGGGGGGGGGGAGGGGGGCUGGUUACUCGAACCGCAAGCAUUGCAUAUCGGGCACUAAAAAAGAUGAAAAUAACAUAACAUGAUCCGACGACUGGGAUGAAAACUCAUGGAUCUAGCAUGUCAACUGCCGAAGCGCUCUCCCACCCUCGUCCCGACCUCGUCUCUCUCUUGAGGUGAAAAAAAAAAAAAAAAAGACGAGGGGAAAAAA